AUGAAGAAGGACAUAUAUGCUUUUGUGGCUCAAUGUGAUAAUUGUCAGAGGAACAAAACAGAGACAGUAGCUUCCCCUGGCCUACUGCAGCCCUUGCCCAUCCCAGAAGGCAUCUGGUCCGAUAUAUCCAUGGACUUUGUGGAAGGGCUCCCCAAUUCCCAUGGCAAGACUGUCAUACUAGUGGUAGUGGACAGAUUGUCCAAAUACACUCAUUUCAUUGCCCUUUACCAUCCUUAUACAGCUGUGGAAGUAGCCCAAGCAUUUUUGGAUACCAUCUACAAAUUGCAUGGCAUGCCUAAAUCUAUCGUAUCUGAUCGGGACCCCAUUUUUUUUUGGCAGGAACUGUUCCGGUUACAAGUUGAUCAGUGGGGUAGGGAUAGGGAAGCAACUCUAAAAAUCCUCAAGGAACACCUAGUCCAAGCCCAAAAUCGCAUGAAGCAACAGGCAGAUCAACAUCGAAUCGAAAGCCAAUUUGCGGUGGGAGAUUGGGUGUUGAAAAAGGUGGGUCAGGUAGCUUACCAAUUGGACUUGCCCCCACACUCUAAGUUACACCUAGUUUUCCAUGUGUCCAUGCUCAAGAAGAAGUUGGGAGCCCACACCACACCACAAGCCACAUUUCCACCCAUAGGGACUGAUGGUGUCCUUGAACCUGAACCCAUUGCAGCUUUGGACAGACGUUUGAUCAAAUAUAAAGGUAGGCCAGCCACUCAAUUGUUGGUACAAUGGUCUAAUUCAUACCCAGAGGAUGCAACUUGGGAGCUGUAUCAAGAUCUCCAAGCCAAAUUUCCAACUUUCCAGCCUUGGAGACAAGGCUCUUUUCAAGGGGACGGGAAUGAUAGGCCAGUAACUAGAAGUGACGCUGCUGCCAUGGGCCAAGACAAGGGGCUUAAUUUAGGAGCAGAGUGUGCAGUGGUUUGGAUAGUGGGCUGGACUGGAUGA